AAAUUUAGAUUUUAGUUCACUUCUCAAACGUGUAACGUGUUCUUGCUGAAAUGAAGAAAUUUCUGGAUUCUACUAAUACAAAGCUUAACAGAGCUUUGCAGAAAACGAAUGAAGUCAUAGGAAGAGCUGAGAAGACAGAAUUUAAUGAAGAAUUCGUCGUGCUAUUAAGGCAAGCUGAAUCUACACAUGAAGUAUCUAAGCAGAUUAUGGAGGCCAUAGAGCAGUGGAUCAAUCCGUGUGUUUUGAAAAAAUUUGAUGAUGUCGCCUGUAAAGUAGAAAAUCUGGUCACAGAUAACAAAAGUUAUUGGCUAAAAGUUCCAGCAACACUACCUGCUGAGAAUCUAGGAGAUACAUUGAUCAAUGCUGCUGCCAGUGUCGGAGCUAAUACUGCAUAUGGAGCAGCAUUAUCAUUAUGCGGUGAGUAUAGUCGUCAAAUAGCUGGAUAUGAAAAUCGACGAAAUGCAAUAUUAGAAAAGAAUACUUUACGUGUACUACAUCGUUUUUUAGCUAUUGAAUGGCCUGAAAUACAAAAAGAACUCAGUCAUUUGGAAUCAUAUCGUUUAGAUUAUGAUAAAUUAAGAAGUAAAGUAAAACAUAAUGAAAAUCCAGAUCAUGAAACUUUAUCAAAAAUGGAAGAUGCUAAAACUAUUCUCUAUAAACAAUUGGAUAAAACUAAAUCUAUGCUAGAACAUGUUAAAUCAGUGAAUGACUCGAAUAUGGUUGCCCUAAAAGAAUUAGUAGCAGCUCAAAGAACUUAUUUUAGUGAAUGUAGACAGAGGACAGAAGAAUUAGCUGCUCAAAUUGAACGAUUACAUUAAAUAUGUAUGAAUGAGAAACACACCAAUUCCAGAACGUUCCAAUGUGUCUUCCUAGCAACAUUCAUUCAUUCAUUCAUUCUGUCUAACAGUUAUGGCUAUAGAACUAUUCUAUUGGAGUUGCAAUAAUAAUACUGAUAAUAAUAAUAAUAUUUCAACCCUUACGCUCUUCGAAAUUCUACAUGCUUCCAACAACAGAUUUAAACUUCCCUCUUUGUUUUUCGUUUCCCGUUAUCUCAACUUACUGUUCAAUGUAUUUUUUCUAUAUAAACAUAUAUAUUCAUAUCUAAUAUGAUAUCGGGCUUUACAAAUAAUACUAUUCAUAAAGUAUUACUGAAAUGAAUCAAAAAUUCACUUAUCAUCAGCUUUCAUUUUAUUUUAUUCUGUUUUUUCGUUUGUCCAAAUAUCUAUUAUUAUUAUUAUUAUUAUUAUUACAAAUGAAUGCUUUACAAUGUAUGUUUUAAUUUUCUUAAUUAUCUGGUAUUUAAUUUUCAUACAUUUUUUUUUUCAUUUGCCCUUUUUUCAUUGAAAUAAUUUUGGUGUAUUUUCGGUGAAUGAAAUAAUGAUUUUUUUUUCUGUUAUACAUACGUGUAUGUGUAUGUGUUUGAGUGAGUGAGUGUCUUUUGCAUUAAAACUCAUGGGUUUUUUGAUGAAAGUUUAUUUAGUUGUCAUUUGAAUACAACAAAGAAUAACCAAUCAGAAAUGCUAAAAUUGAUAUGAAUUAAUAUUUUUUAUCAGUCAUAUUAAUGCAGAACA